AUGGAGCGCUAUGAGGAGGCUCGCCUUUACAAGCGCAAGUUGGAGAAGGAGAAGAUUGAAGCAGAAGCAAAGAUUGAAGCAGACCCCUUGCUGUUCUCAGAUGACGUUUUCACCAUUGAACCUUUGGAGGGAGAGGUUGGGCCACAUUCUUCAGCUGAAAUCAAGGUGUCCUUUAAACCCCGAGACAGCCAAGUCUAUAGAAAAGUGGCCUACUGUGCCAUCUCAGGCCGUGAGAUCAGGCUGCCCCUGCGCCUCACAGGGGAAGGCCUCGGGCCCUGCCUCCAAUUCAAGUUUGCGGAAUUGGACAUGGGGAGAGUUUUCGUUGGAGAAGCCUACAGCUAUGAGGCAAUCCUGAUUAACAAAGGAGCUAUCAAAGCUCCCUUCGAGCUCAUCCCUCCAACCACAGCCUACGGCUCCUGCUUCACCUUUCAGCCCCAGAAGGGCAUCGUUCCACCCAAUGGACUCCUGCCCAUCCAGAUCUUCUUCAGUUCCACCACCCUGGGGGAGUUCGAGGAAGAAUUCAAUUUCAAUGUGAUGGAAUCCCCUAAGCCUGUGACCUUGACUGUCAGUGGCCACGUCACCGGACUGAGCCUGCAUUUCAGCACAAGUGGCCUUGACUUCAAUGACGUCUCCUUCGGCUUUCCUCAGACCUUGUCGUGCCGCCUGAUCAACAGCUCCGUGGUGCCCAUCACCUUCCAUCUUCGCAUUCCUGAGGACGGCCAGGGACAGCCCAGCCUUACCAGCUUUGAUCAAGUGAAAAACAACGCUCAGCCCUCCUGGGAAAGAGGCACACUGGCUCAAUGUUACGAGAAGCCAAUGGAAUUCUCCAUAACACCCAGCACAGGGACCAUCCCUGCUGAGGGAUCCCAGGAGAUCAGGGUCACACUGUGUUCCAAUGACGAGGGACAAUAUGACUGUGAUAUGGUGGUGGACGUGGAUGGAUUUGGCAAGGAGCUGUUGGCUCUGCGCCUCAAAGCCAGAUGUGUCGUUCCUGAGCUGCGUUUGCUCACCUCCACCCUCGACUGUGGACUGUGCUCUGCAAAGGUCCCUUGCCAGAAGAAGCUGACCCUUGUGAACCCGAGCCCCCUUCCAGGAUGCUACAGAAUUCUCCCUCAGAGAGACCAAGAGGCCGCUGCUCUGUGGUACUCCAGCCCCAAGCCGUGUGGGAUUAUCAAGGGUCACGACUCGGUGGAGAUCCCAAUUACAGCUGAAGCCCAGGCAGUGGGUGCUCAUUCCAUCCUGGUGGAUAUCGCCGUGUUCGGGAAGGAAAGAUCCCCACUGCAAAUGCGUUUAAUGUGCACUGGAAAGACACCCCUUGUCUAUGCAAGUGUGAAUAAGAUAAACUUCGGCAAGAUCCGAGUGUUACAGGACACUUCCCAAACUCUCCAGCUGUGCAAUCAGGGGCUCAUCCCUGCAGCCUUCAGAUUAGAGACCGGUGACAAAUGCUGGAGUAUUGAACCCAGCGAAGGAGUGGUCCCUGCCAAGGCUGAGAUUCCUGUGGUUGUCACUGCACACCUGGAUGACACAAGGAAAUUUGAGGACAGCAUGAAGCUGUUCAUUGAGAAUAGCCUUAUCAGCAUCACCCCCAUCGAGGCUGUCGGCAUUGGCACCACAAUUACCAUCGACAAACCGUUUGCUCCGGAGCUGAAUUUGGAACCCCAGUUCAACCUCGUUCCCUGCAUUUUCCGGUUCAACGUCACAAACAAGGGGCGGCGGUUCCAGCGGCUGUGCUGGGGCACAGAAGGUUUCAGCACCUUUCGACAGCGUCAUCGUCUCCCUGCCCUCAGUGUCCCCAAGGGCAAAAACGCUCCCCAGAGACCCACCACCCCCGUAUUUAAGCUGCGGCCACUGAAUAUGAAUCUGGAGCCAGGCGAGACUAUGGAGCUGGUGCUGGAAGGCUUCUCCAGCACUGUCCAGGUGAG